CCCGAGCUGAGAGCGGCAGAGGAGGCCGCAGCAGCAGCACAAGCAGCCGCCCUGGCUGGAGCUGGACAGCGAUUCCUCGCCGCCGCCUCCUCCCAGCUUGUGGGCCCCAUCACAAAAUCGUCAUAAUGGCAAUGCAAGUGCUGGGUCAGACUGGAGGCAGCAACCUGUUUCCUGGUAAUGCUAACCUUGGCAUGCCAUUGUCAAAUGACAUGUAUGACUUUCCUGAACUUUCCAAAGCUGAGCUGGCAGCUCCUCAGCUUAUUAUGUUGGCAAAUGUGGCCCUGACAGGAGAAGUUAAUGGCAACUGCUGUGAUUACAUGGUUGGUGAAGAGAGACAAAUGGCCGAACUGACAACUGUAGGCAACACCAACUUUUCAGACAGUGAUGGAGAAGGAGCAGAUGAUGCACCCAGCAUGGAGACUGACCGCGAAGGCCUGGGAGAUAUGGAUCUGGGAGCCCUUGGAGCUCCUGAGGUUCGUAACGUGGAGACGGCAGGACUGACAGGGUCUUCUAUUCCUCAUGUUUCUAUUCCUCAUGUCAGCCCAGACAAGGGCUACCCAUUGGAACUGUCAGUUGUUCCAGAGAGCGCAGAUGACAAAUGUAAGGGUUUGAAGAACAAGCCAUUUCGUUGUAAGCCUUGUCAAUAUGAGGCAGAGUCUGAGCAGGAGUUCGUCCAUCACAUUCGUGUACACAGUGCCAAGAGAUUCAUAGUAGAAGAAAAUUCUGAGAAACACGGCCAGGUGAAAGAAAUUGACACGAACACUACAGAUGAGGUUGAUUUCUCCAAAGGUCCCAUAAGAUGUGAUCGCUGUGGCUACAACACUAACCGAUAUGAUCACUAUCUGGCUCACUUAAAACACCACAACAAAGCAGGAGAAAAUGAGAAGGUCUACAAAUGUACAAUCUGCACAUAUACAACGGUCAGUGAAUAUCAUUGGAAAAAGCAUCUCAGAAAUCAUUUCCCGCGGAAAGUGUAUACAUGUUCCCAGUGCUCCUACUUUUCAGACCGGAAGAACAACUAUGUGCAGCAUAUUCGAACUCAUACAGGAGAACGUCCUUAUCAGUGUUCCAUGUGUCCUUAUUCAAGUUCGCAGAAGACUCAUUUAACCAGGCACAUGCGUACUCACUCAGGUGAGAAGCCGUUUAAAUGUGAACAGUGCAGCUACGUGGCAUCGAACCAGCAUGAAGUGACUCGGCACGCAAGGCAGGUUCAUGAUGGGCCCAAGCCGCUGGCCUGCCCCCACUGUGACUACAAAACAGCUGACCGGAGCAACUUCAAGAAGCAUGUUGAGCUUCAUGUUAGUCCACGACAGUUCCUUUGCCCAGUCUGUGAAUAUGCGGCAUCCAAGAAAUGUAACUUGCAGUAUCACAUCAAAUCCAGGCAUCCUGACUGUUGUGACAUCACAAUGGAUGUCUCCAAAGUAAGACUACGGACUAAAAAGAGUGAAGUAAACGCUUCUGAAAACGUCAGUGGUGAGAUUAACAAAGUGGAGCAAGAUCAAAUGAAGAAAGAGUUGACUGAAAAGAAAAGUGAGAGAGCGGUAAAAGAAGAGAAAAAAGAGAACCCGUCAAAAGAAAAGAAACCAACUGUUAGUGUUGGUGCAGGCCAGGUGACAACUCGAAGUCGCAAAACAGUGGCUGACAGCAAAGAAGUAGAUGUGAAAACUGAGAAAACUGGUAAAGCAAAGAAGGCAAAAAGAAAAGCAGAGGCCACUGCUAUUCCUUUGACAAAAGAUUCUGCGGCAGACACUGAUGUUAUAGCGAAAAAGAAAAAGAAAACUGAGAAAAAGUCCCCCAGCAAAUGUCAGAACUCCCAGAAGGGUGAAAGCAAAUUGGAGGUCACCAAAAAGCAAAAUUUGGGCCUUAAGAAAAACAAAAAAAAGAAACUUCUGAAGAGUAAGACUGAUAACAAAAAACUUGAUUGUGAGAAGAUCACAAGUGAGGAGUCUGUUCCUAAAGAACCUCCUACUAUGCGAGAGGGAGAAAGGAAGACCUCUGGUUCUUGCAACGAGCUGCAACCUGUGGUUUCGUCAGAUGAUAGAGGGAGUCAGUGUGUCCCUGGGGACAGCAGACAGGAUCAAGAGCCGCUGCCUGCACAGCGUGUGGCCCAAAACGUGGAGUUAGAGAUGAGAGACCAAGAAAUGCCCAUGGCAGAAGAGGAGACUGUAAAAGCUGUUUCUCAGAAUGAAGUUGAAAUAGAACUGGAAAUUGUGCCUGGGGCCAGCUCGGAGGACUCUAAUACCACCUUGGAAAAAGACAUAGAUGUGCUAAAAGGCACGCCAUCAGAUUUGGCCCAAGAUACUCCGACAUCACAAACUUGUGAGAUGGAAGGGGUGAAUCCAGACUUUGUGCAAGAGGUUCAGCCAAUGCAAACAUGUGAGACAGAAACUCAUAGUCCAAUACCAGAAGAUGAUGGUUGUACAAACAAACUGCAGGCUGAAGACCCAGCAGGAGCGCCAUCGUCAGAGUUGCCAGAAAAACUAGAGCAAAGCACUAAAGCAAACCUGGUCUCAGCAUCGCCGAGUGGCCCGGUAGUGAAUGAACAUCAGGAAAUGGAAGAGGAUGAGGGUAUCCACAGUCAUGAUGGCAGUGAUAUAAGUGACAACAUCUCAGAAGGCAGUGAUGAUUCUGGGUUAAAUGGUGCUCGGACGGCACCGGAGAAAACGAGUCAGAAACCACCCCAAGAAGUGGCAGAAGCCAAGGCCACGAAGGAGAACUAUGUGUGUAUAUUCUGUGAUCGUUCAUUUAAAAAAGAAGGCGAGUACAGUAAGCACCUGAACCGUCAUUUGGUAAAUGUGUACUAUCUUGAAAAGGCAACAAAGGGGCAAGAUUAACCAAACUGCAGUUUAAUGAGAGCUUAUUCUUCCUUCGUAAGAUCUUCUACAGCUUAGGUACAGUUCUUGUAGAAUCUUUGCUUAAGCUCAUACUUUUAAGUUGUUGGUCAUUGUUUUCCCUGACCUUUGAUGAAACAUUGAACUAAUUAUUUGUAUCUCUUUGAUUAGAGAGGGCAAGUAGGGUGUGUAUGGCUUGUUAACUUGGACGGAGCCCUGGAAUCACUUGAGUAUUCCUGUUAAUUUACGACAGAACUAUACGCAAGUUAGUAGGUUUAGGAAUGAUAACCUCAGGACACUCUUCUCUGCACAAGCUCUUUAGAAAUGAAUGGAUGUGUGCAAAAGCACUGCCAUGCUGUUGCAGAGUCAUUAGUUUCUUAUAGGGCUUGAGCAAGAGAUGUUACCAGUUGGCUGAUCCCACAACCUGGGCCUGUCUACUCAUUACAUUCCAGUGAGACAUUUUCAACUUGGAAUGAGUCUCAGGCACAUUGUGCGCCUCCUCCUCUUUACUACUUGGAGAAAGUCAGAUGUUAACCAGGGUUUAUUUGAAUGUAGUAUCUUCCUGAUCACCCAGCUUGGGGCCCCUUUCUUUGGCCUGUUUGUACUCAUGGACCACAGUGUGGGGCUACCUUACUGUGGUAGAUUACAUGUUGUUGCAGUAUGUGUGUGAACACUGGAAUCACAUGGACAGGGUUAGUUGUGUGACUCUUUCCCAAUAAUGAGGAAACACCCAUUUGACUGACUUGGUCUAUGUGGUUCUGAUAUUCAGACUAGUCAGCAUGUGAAUGGGGCCUUUCUAGGGACAGAUUGGGUGGUCAGGGAGAUAACAUGUUCAAUAAACAUAGCACAGCCUGGUUCACUUCCAACUUUCUCUGUGAAGGGGAGGGUAUGAGUCUUGGGUGUGAAAUCUUGAGACUUGUCUCGUCCAUGGUUAUCUCCUUGGAAGGUGCACAAGGCCAUCUGUGCUUGUGGAACAAAGUGUUAUAUCAACAGAACCUUAGAAAUGGGAAUGAUAUUGCUCCAUUGCUUCUAGACGAAUCUGUUUUGGUUCUUCUUUAUCGUAACCUGUUGGUAUGGUGAAUGCUUAAGGCGCUCAUUAGCUGAACGGCAAGAAAUACGGUGGCUUGCUUUGUAAAAAGAGCACUUUGGGAAAAAUGUUGAGGCUGGCUAGCAGUAAUAUAAUCUCAUGAUCAUAUUUUUAAUUUGCAUAUACAUUUCAGGUCCCCCAAUCAUGAUCAGCAAGCCAAAAUCUUGAAGUGCUUUCCAUCUAUUGAUUAGUGAAUCCAUUAUUUGGUAAAUACUACUUUAAGACAAGGUUAUUUCCUUUUGUGCUUUAAGAGAAGAGAAAUAUUGCACAUGAUUUUUAUUUUUACCUAUGCAGUUUAAGCCUUUAGCGGUUUAGUGUUUGUGUUGUAUAUGUACAUUUUAUAUAUGCAUGUUCGGUUUUGUUAAUGGAUUUCCUUCCCUUAAUGUUGAUGUUUUCAGGUUUGUUGCUUAUCAUGGCCAGUGGUCUCUACUCCUUUUGGCUACAACGUCUGGUUCUGUAUUGGUUGUAUGUGCUUUUUAAAAAGGUUGUAGACUCACCUUAGUAGCUUUAAUUAUUAGUUGAAGAAAUGAUACUGUGCGCAGUCUGCAGAGACGUUGUCCUGCAUAGACCCCAUUUAAUUGAAUGGGAGCUGCAUAAAGAGCUGAGUAAUGUUCAUGCAUAGCUCCUGCUCCUUUCAGUAGGGUUUGUGCAAGGGGAACUUCCCUGUAGAUUAUGCCUGCUAAUGAGUGUUGGGAACUCUCUCCCCACCCCGCCCAAGAAGGCUGUUCAUACAUAUCUUCAUACAUAUGGUUGGAUUCUGGAUCUAACCCAUAAUAUGUUUAUAUAGUCUGUGUUUUCAUGCAGAUAAUAUUUCUGCUCUUCUACUGCAUUUUGCUAUUACUUUGGAAAUGCUGUUAUUGGGUGGGGGUGGAAUCUUUCACCCGCCCCAUUAAUAUGAUUAGGAGAUGCAGAAAAACACUGUUUGUCUUGAUCUCCUGUACCUUUUAAAGGGGAGUUAUAUAAGAGAAGUUUCCAAGGGGAAUGUAUUGGUGGGUGAUGCUUGUUAAGUUAUAAAACAUCACUAAAUAGCUUUAUAAAUGGAAUAGCCAAAUUAGUGCAAAACCAAUAUCAUUUUCUAAUUCCCCUGUGAUUUUAUACAAAAAAAAAUUGGCGCACACUCCACAGUUUGCAUUUAUUUCAGUGGGUCAUGUGCAAGAGAAUUUCCAAGUGGAUUCUGCUCCUUGUCUGCUUGAGUUUGCAUUGAAAUAAUCCUGUUGCUCAUCUAAAAUUCCACGCAUCAGAAAAAAUCCUGGUAAGCAACAAACCUUAAAUUAAGGCAGAUGUAGAAAUUCCGGUUCUUUAUUCAAUCAAGUUUUAAUUAAAUUAAUUACCCAUGUCCUUUUAUAGUUGGCAUAAAGAGAAAUUGAAAUGAAUGGGUAUUUGAAUUAUAAAUUGAAAACCAGGAGAACAGUCACAAGUAACUUUCAAACUGGUUUAUACACAGUUAAGACUUGCUUGAACAUUUUGCAAUACACCAGCAGUGACACACCUGCAGUUAGAUUAGCAAAAUCUAACUGCACACCCAUCCCCUUUCAAAUCAUUUUUGUUUUCCCCUAGGUAUCUGGAUAUAAAAGUUUUCUUGUAACACAGCAAAGCUGCAGACAUAGAAGCUUUGCUUCGUCAAAGGGCACAAUCUGCUGAGGAGUUUUCCAGCCCAAGCCCAAUUUCUGUGUUCUUGCACUGUUCCUGUUCAUUUCUUGGAGCUUGUGCAGGAGAACAUCCUGGUAGAUUGUGCCCACAAAUGGCCACCAAUAUAAUUUUAUGUCUUACUGCAAACAUAUUAAAGCAAACUAUAAUAUUUAUUUUUUCCCCUUGGAGACGGCUGAGCUUGCAUUCAUUUCGGUUGUAUUUGCACCCCUCCCUUUCUGCUGGAAUCUUUUGUGGUUCCAUUUCAACAUAACUUGACUGAAUAGAGGAAACUGAUACUUCUGUGUAGGGGUGGGUGGGUGGGUGGGUGGGAGACUUGUAAUAGGAGGCCAAAGAUCUGAGGGAGAAAAAUCCCUUUAGGGCAGAAUAAAUUGUAUAACAUUAGUUAUUUGUUCAAGACUUAACUUCGCUGUGACAAUCAUUGUCAACUGAGAAUCAAGUUGCAACUAUAUUUAUGUUGAACCAUUAAACACUGCUGAAAUGUCUUCCUAACCAAUUAGGUGGAAUAGUAUUAGACACAACUUUAUUGUCAGAUGUAAAAAUAUUGUUGUCAUUUUAUAAGAGGUUUGGACAGAGGUUGAAACUCCAGUACUGUGUAAACAGAUAUUUUUGGAACUCUUCCUGUUUUUAAAGAACUGCUUCCAUUUUGUAAGAGCCUUCGUGGCCUUGAGCUGCAUUUUUGAUUAAUCUUUUUAUAAAACUAAGUUGGUUGAAAAGAUAAACAGGUGGCAAUAGUGACAUUAGAUGACAUUACAUAAAAAGGCUGUUAUGUUACUCAGAAUAUGCUACUAGCAAAUGAUCAGGACUAAAGAUUUCACACUGGGAAAGACUGUAGAAGACAGUGCCUGUGUUGGGCAGUAUUCUUGACCACGAGAGUGCAAAACACUUAAGUAUUAAAAGAACAGAUCUUCUAGUGAUGUGAUCAUUGUGUCCUAAGAUAUGUUGGAUAUUGUGACUGAUUCGAAAUUCCAAUACAUUAUCACCAUGUUGUCUGUUUAGAAUAGAGGGAACUAAAUGUAUCAAUUGGAUGGUUUUAAGAUCUACCAAUAAAAGAUGAACUGUCAUUCCUGUCUGAAUGUUAGACAUUGCUAAUGGAUAAGCAAAAUUAGGGUUAAAAUGUAGAUAAUGUACUGUGUUUCUGCCUAAAGUAGAUAUUCCUUAAAUUGAACACAGGGGUCACAGGAAUUUUGAAUACACCUUUCCAGCCUCUUCCUUACUAAAAGACUUAUCUCAGCAGCGAUCCCAAUCUGACUCCAUACUGCAGUAACUCAUGUUGUUGGUACCAUUUGGGCAGUGUGGCUCAAGAACUUUUAGUGUUUGUGGAAACAAGCACUAAAACUCAGUGCCACAAGCCACUUAAAGAAUGGAUAGCUAGGAACUUGCAACAUAUCUUAAUAUUGCUGCUAUUUGGGGGUUGAUUGACCUAAGAGUUGGAACUUUAAAUCCAUUUUACAGAACAAACUGACAGGUCAGUUCACUCAUAACGUUGUUAAUUUCAGUAUGGUAUGUUUUGCUGAUGAGUUGUAAACGCAGGUUCAGUUAGAUGUAUCGAAUCUUGUCUUUGUAGCUAACACACUGAGAUACAACAUUAAUUACAUCCAGGUAGCUUAAGGAAUUGUUUCACACAUGUGUGUAUAUAUACCUUUUCUUUCCCUAAAAAGAAAAUCACACUAGCUAAAGAACUUUUUGUAAGCUGGCACUGAAACAUGUUAUGUUUGGUUGCACCGUGUUUGAAGCUUUUUACAGUGCAAUACUUGUAUUAUUCUCUCAAUUUAAACCAAAGGUAAUUUUUUUUCAUGCUUUCUAUCUUACUGUAGUGCACGAAGAGCUUUUAUACAGUUGUAAUAGAUGUAAAAUCAGAACAGAUCACAUGUCCUGGGUUUUUUCUUUUUUUAUUUACCUAAACUAUGUACAAGCCUUUGUCCAAAAUGUAAGGUGUUAAACUAAAUUGCAUAUUAACCCUUGAGUGUAUUUUCCUAAGCAUAGUUAUAAGUCAAUAAACUUUAUUAAGGAAUGUG